AAAAGUUUAUCAGAAAAUGGCGUCCUAUUCACAAGGUCCUUAUGGAAGCGGUGGCAAUCAAUAUGGUAUCUCUAGUCCUUUGGAGGGACAGGCUCAACCGCAACCUCCUUAUUCUGAAAGUAGUGCUGGUGUUCCCUCAUUCCCUGCGACGUUUGGCACGGCUCAGAGUCUUCUCUCUAAUCCGAUGGUAGCUGGAGCAGCUGUUCAAUAUGGACAAGGCCUUGUUAACAUGGGACAGUCUUAUAUUGAUCAAACUGUUAGUAGGUUUGCCCCUGGUCUUAAGCGAUAUUUUGCAGUUGACACAAGCUAUGUACUGAAGAAAUUACAGAUCAUCCUUUUCCCUUAUACUCACAGAGACUGGUCUCCCCAGUAUUCAGACUCACGCCCGCUUGAACCAAGACUGGACAUUAAUGCACCAGAUCUAUACAUACCAGCAAUGUCUUUAAUGACUUACCUUCUUCUCUCCGGUUAUGUGAUGGGUACUCAACAAAGAUUCACUCCUGAAGACUUAGGCAUUAAUGCUAGUUCACUGUUAGCUUGGUUGACAUUUGAAAUCAUUAUUGUUUGGGUUGCCCUGUUCCUCUUUAAAAUAACGUCUCAUCUCUCACUAUCAGACACAAUUGCUUAUUGUAGCUACAAAUACGUCAGUAUGAUUGUGUGUAUUGUGGCCAGUUUAUUGGGAGGGACUACUGCUUAUUACAUUGCACUGGCUUGGACAACUGCAGCCAUUGCUUUCUUUGAAGUCAGGAGUUUAAGAUUACGUCUUCAUUCAGAUGUAGUUGAUGGCGCUAACAGAAUGAGGAAUUAUGUCCUAUUAUUAAUAGCAUUAGUGCAACCGCUAAUGGUCUUAUGGUUGACAUGGUCUCUUGUCUCUUACCAGCCACCCCCAUCACCCUUUCAUUGGCCAGACAAUUUGUAACACUAAAAGUCAUGUGACUCUCAUGUGAUAGUCAUAUUGCUAUUAUUAUUGAUUUAUUGUUAAAUGAGAAACGAAUCAAUUUCUUUAGAAUUUUACUGUAUAAGAUAAUACAAUUCAUUAAUUUUAAAAUUUAA